AUGCUGAUCUUGUGGGUUGAGAAAAUUCAGGAGGUCUUCCCGCUCGACGCGCCCCAGGCCCUGAAACGAUCUGUCAAAAGUUGGAAGACGAGAAGAUCGGUGCCAUUGGAUGAGAGCUCACCCAUGUUUAUCAUUGGGAAAAUGAGGGCGCUUCUGAACAAGUUGACCUAUCAACACUUCGAUUCGAUAUCCGAUCAAGUUAUCGACUUGGUCAACAAAUCCGAGAAUGAAGGCAACGGAAACCGCGUGUACGCGAUCAUUGCACUGAUCCUCGAGCAACUCACCGAUCGGGGCCAUUGGCCUGAGCUCUACGCGAGGCUUUGCCAGAGAUUCCGCGAAAAAAUAUCUCCUAAUAUCAAAGACGAAAGCUUUUUUGGCGGCAAAGGCCCUCAUCCAUACGGCUUUCAUUUGUUUAGGAAAUAUCUCCUCAAUCGAUGCGAGAAUAUCUACGCACAAGUGCGCAAUAAAUCAGACGACGAGCUCGCAGAUGCAAUUGCAAUUGCUCAAAAUUUUGCUCAUUUGACCGGAGGCCCAACCGCCAACGAGAAAUCGCAUGCUGAAAUCAAAAUAAAGAGUCGGAAAUCCUCUACGGGAGAAGCGGCGAUUCUCUCGGACCGGUUUUAUGCCAUCCAAAAGGCUAAACGACGGCGUCUCGCUUUUGUUCAGUUCAUCGGAGAACUGUUCAAGUUCGAUUUCUUGACCCAGAGAACCAUGCAUGAAAAUAUUAAAAACCUCCUCACCAACAUUGAUACACCUGAAGAGAAAGAUAUCGAAAUACUUUGCUGCUUGAUGAUGACCGCCGGGGGAUUACUCGAUCACAAAAAAGGUACCCGCGAGAUGAAUAUUUACUUUAAUCACAUGACAAAAAUGUCUAGAAAUCCACAGUUGAGCUCACGAGCUCGGUUCAUGAUCAUGGUACGCAUACACAGCCACAGUACCGAAGAAGACCAGCUGAUUGAUUCAUUCUUACUUCAGGACGUCAUCGACACGCGCAACAACAAGUGGGUCCCACGGGUGAAGGUCGACCUACCAGCCUGUCAACUUUCGCAUUGCCAGCCGAAGCCCAAGCGCGUCAAGAGGAAAGUAAACAAUGUUUCGGAGAGUCCUUCUCAAGCCACCCGCGAAGAAAACCUCACUGCAGCACUGGUUCCGCAAAGUCAACCGGUUCCACCAAGUCACAAACCCAAACGCACCAAGAGGAAAGUCAACAAUAUUGCGGACAGUCUUCCCCAAACCGCCCACGAAGAAAACCUCACUCCAACACCGGAUCCGCAAGGUCAACCUGGUCCGCAAAGUCAACCGGUUUCGCAGAGUCAGCCGGUUUCGCAGAGUCAACCGGUUUCGCAGAGUCAACCGGUUUCGCAGAGUCACCCGGCUUCGCAAAGUCAACCUGUUCCACAAAGUCAAGCAGUACCACCAAAUCCCACCACCGAAGCCAUCACCUUGAUGGCUCACAUGCUUCUUGAUCCUCAAACCGCCCGCGAAGAAACCAACCCUCGAACACCGGUUGCGCAAAUUCAACCGGUCCCAAGUCAACCUGUUUCGCAAAGUCAAGCAGUACCGCCAAAUCCCAUCACCGAAGCCAUCACCUUGAUGGCGCACAUGUUUCUCACACAAGUCAACGCAACUGAGUAUGUAAAAUAUAUCCAGGUCGUCGAAAUUGAGCCAAACGCCAAGGUCUUCUUGUCUCUAGCUUCUACUACGAAUCCUGAUGUUUGUCAGACUUGGCUUUUGGCCAAAUUCCGCCAACUUAAAUGGUAA